GGCGAGAGUUGGGGCUCUUAUAGGCUCUUGAAUCUGGAGCGCGGCUAUAAUGAGCGCCAAACCUCACGAGCCUAUCUCGAUGUGACCAAAAAGGGUGAUCUCAAUAGUAUACAGUGGUAUAACUUGGCUACCGGUGCUGUUGGCCAGUCGGCGGCGAAUACUAGCAAACCUGUUGCUACCGGAGCUAAUGGCACAGUAAAUGUGCAAAUAUAUUACUCAGGUGUUGAUCAUAAGGAUUUGGCGCUGGCAUCAGGUCAAUUAGGCUCUGAGUACGUGAACAAAGUGUUUGGCUUUGAUUAUGGUGGUCGCCGGGUGGAUACCGGCGCUCGUGUUAUGGGCAUUAGUGGCGGCAAAUCCAUAGCUACGAGUAUUGAGGCCAACGAUCGAGUGUUGAUUCCGGUGCCCGACAACUGGUCCAUAGAGGACGGCGUGUCCGCAAUCAGCGCCUACUUUGCCGUUUGGUAUAGCCUUAUAAACAGGGCUCAGAUUGAAGGCGGCGAGACAAUUCUGAUUCACUCGGGAACCGACUCGACUGGUUUGGCGGCUAUACAAGUGGCCAAAGGACUUUCGUGUCGAGUGCUGACCACUGCCUCCACAUCUGAGAAACGCCAAUUCCUGACCGACACGUAUGGCAUUCCCCUCGACUGUAUCUACGAUCCGAACGACCCGUCCAUUAGUGACCAAAUCCUGGCCGCGACAGAUGGCACGGGUGUUGACGCUGUGCUUAACGCCCUGUCCGGCGAGAAGCUGACUUUGGCCGCCGAAGUGUUGGGCCAAUACGGUCGUUGGGUCGAUCUGGAUAAUUAUGACAAUAGUAAUCAAGCACGUUUGUCCAGUGCUGGCACCAAAAACACCUUGUAUUACAAUAUAUCGACAAUUAUUAGUGACGAGACGUUUGAUAUAUUUUUACCUAAACUCAUUCAAUCGUUUACGAAGUGGUUCACCGAUGGCUUACAGAAUGGGUCUAUUAAGCCAUUACCACGUGUGGUAUACGGCUAUGAUGUGGUCGAGCGGGCGUUCAAACAGUUGAGCUCCGGUCAGACAAUAGGCAAAGUGUUGGUCAAAGUGCGAGAGGAGGAGCCGUUUAAUAAGAUUACGACUGAUAUAAAAGCCGUUGAUAUUGUGGCCAACACUAGGAGUUGGUUCGACGCCAACAAAGUGUAUGUAUUGGUUGGAGGGUUGGGUGGUUUGGGCUUAGAGGUGGCCUAUUGGCUGGUGGCCAGGGGUGCCCGCAAACUGGUGUGCGUUUCACGCAGUGGCAUUAAAAACGACUACCAAUACGUGUUUGUGAAACGGGUGGAGACGGAAGCAACGGGUGGUGUUGGUGAGCCGGCACAGGUCAAAAUCUCCACGUCUGACCCGUCAUCCAUAGCGGGGGCAGAGAAACUGAUAGCUGAGGCCCAGUCUAUGGGACCGUUGGGCGGUAUUUUUCAUUUCGCCACAGUAUUGGCCGACGCCUUCAUCGGCGACCAAACGGCCGCCACUUUCCGCAAAGUUUGCGCCCCGAAAGUGGACGCACUCGGCUAUCUGGACGCCGUGUGCCGUAAGUUUUGCCCCGACAUGGACUACUUCGUGGCGUUCAGCUCCCAGAGCUCGGGCCGUGGGUUUGUGGGUCAAAACAAUUACGGUUACGCCAACGCCGUGAUGGAGCGCAUAUGUGAGCGCAGACAACGCGAUGGUCUGCCCGGUCUGGCCAUACAGUACGGCCCCAUCGGCGAUGUCGGGCUGUGGGCGGCCAACGACAACAUCGACCUGACCAGCAUAGGUAUGGUUAUCAACACACAGCGCAUACCGUCGUGUCUGGAAGUGAUGGAUCGGUUCUUGAGCUGCGGCGACGCCGUUGUGUCGACGAUUGUGCGCCGGGAGGGCGCCGAACAGUCUGGUGGUUCGGCUGCCGGUGCAAAGAGCACGGUAUGGCACGGCAUAGGCAUUGACAUGUCAUCGCUUCCCGACGACCUAACCCUCGGCGACGUCGGUAUGGAGUCUAUACUAGCGGUGGAAAUGCAACAAAGGAUUGAUAGGGAGUACUCGGUGUCACUGACCACUGAUAACAUCAAACUCAUCACUAUUCGCAUGAUUAAGGACUUCCAGAAUAGUGAUCAAAAAACUGUGUCCGCACAGAUCGCCGAAUUCAAGAAAUCGCUUAAAAAA